CCGAAGUGCCCAACGACUUGUGCCUUUGCUUUCCCCGACCCCCGACCCCGAGCAGCAGCAACGCGUCGCGUGUGCAUCGCAACAACAACGAGAUUCAUCAGAGCCCAGACCACCGACGAGAAAGGACAAAACUGCGGCGGACCUACUCGGAGCCGGAGGCAGGGCAAAGGCCCGAUCCCCCUUCCCCGCCGGUCGCCGCGCUCGUGCGCGCUAGCCCCGUCGACGCCGGCGGACAGCGUGAGCUAUGGGUUGCUCCUCCUCCGUGCCAGCUAGAAGUACUGGAGGGCUGAACACUAUCAGCAACGAUAGCUCUCCCGCCACUGAUUCAAAGGACUUGCGUGCUAAGCUGGUAUUGCUGGGAGACUCAGGUGUUGGGAAAAGCUGUAUAGUUCUUCGCUUUGUUCGUGGUCAGUUUGAUCCUACUUCCAAGGUAACUGUUGGUGCAUCUUUUUUAUCACAAACAUUGGCAUUGGAAGAUUCAACAAUAGUGAAGUUUGAAAUUUGGGAUACUGCUGGGCAAGAGAGGUAUGCUGCCUUGGCACCACUUUACUACAGAGGAGCUGCUGCUGCAAUUGUUGUCUACGAUAUAACGAGUCCGGAAUCAUUUAGCAAAGCACAGUAUUGGGUAAAGGAACUUCAGAAGCAUGGUAGUCCUGGUAUUGUAAUGGUUUUGGUUGGGAAUAAGGCUGACCUACAUGAUAAUCGAAGUGUAUCCUCGCAGGAUGCACAGGACUACGCAGAGAAGAACAAUAUGUUUUUCAUUGAGACGUCAGCCAAGACAGCUGAUAAUAUAAACCAACUGUUUGAGGAAAUUGCAAAGAGGUUGCCUAGGCCAACGGCAUCGUGACAAAGCACUUGUGUGUAUUCAAGAGUGACACAAAUACAAGCUUGUACCAUGUAAUGCAUGCCAAGUGCCAGCCCAUAUAUAUGGGUACUGUAUGGAACUAUGGAAGACCUCUCAUGUAAAGAUUUUUUUUUCAUUCUGUUAUAAUUGUGGAGGACCUUCGGUAUUGAAUAUCCUCUGAUGUCGCAACUAUUGGUCACUGGUGACGAAGUGCUUUUCUUUUCCUUUACCUUUUUUCUAGGGCAAUUCUAUCUAACAACAAAGAAGAUACGUAAACUUCAUGUAAACUGCCAGAAUAGAUGCGUGCUUGUUAUUCUUUAAUUUUUAA